GGGGCUAUGUUCCAUCCUAUGUUACUGCUAUGUGAGAUGAGAUCACGCUAUCUAACUGGACUGGCCUCAAACUACUCAUCUUCCUGCAUCAUCCUCCAACUGUUGAGAUUAUAGUCAUAUGCCACCACACCAGGAUUCCAAUAGGAUUUUCAAAGCACUGUAUGGCAAAGGCACUCCCUUCAUGUAUCUUCAAGGAAUUAGCUUGUUCUCAACAUCCCUUGUGACAAAAGGCCCGCUUUGGCCACAUAUAUCCUGCUGUACUAAGGCUACCUGGUUGUUACUGGAUGCUCAUUUCUGAAACCAUCUUCUGUGUAACCUGUUGAAUAAUUCUGGUCCACCCACAUUCAUAUAACCCUCUCACUAUCAACACACUUUGAAAAGGUUCUGGAGACGUUCCCGCCCAGAGUCGCCCCGGUUUCCUGCUUCAGCAGUGCUUGAACCAAACCGGUGCUCGACCGCUCCGACCCCAGCUGGCUGCUCCGAGCCAGAACCCUUUGCAACCUCGUCUCUCCGCUGCUCCAGCGUCGCCACCUCGCCUCGCCCCGCCGCUGCCAUGACCACCGCGUCUCCCUCGCAAGUGUGCCAGAACUACCACCAGGACUCGGAGGCUGCCAUCAACCGGCACAUCAACCUGGAACUGUAUGCCUCCUACGUCUAUCUGUCUACGUCUUGCUACUUCAACCGGGGUGAUGUAGCUCUGAGGAACGUUGCCAAAUACUUUCUCCACCAAUCUCAUGAGGAGAGGGAGCAUGCUGAGAAACUGAUGAAGCUACAGAGCCAACGAGGUGGCCGAAUCUUCCUGCAGGAUAUCAAGAAACCAGACCGCGAUGACCGGGAGAACGGGCUGAAUGCAGUGGAGUGCGCACUGCACUUGGAGAUGAGUGUGAAUCAGCCACUACUGGAACUGCACAAACUGGCUGCUGACAAAAACGGGCCCCCCUUGUGUGACUUCAUUGAGACCCAUUACCUGAAUGAGCAGGUGAAACCCAUCAGAGAACUGGGUGACCACGUGACCAACCUCGGCAAGAUGGGAACCCCUGAAGCCGGCCUGGCGGAACAUCUCUUUGACAAGCACACCCUGGGACACAGUGAUGAGAGCUAAGCUGACUUCCCCAAAGCCACGAGUGACUUCACUGGUCACUGAGGCCGUGCAUGCAUGUCGGACUGCCUUUAUCUUUUCUAUAAGUCACACCAAAACAUCCGCUUAAGUUCUUUAA